AUGUCCUCGUACGCAAAGGAGCUCGAGGUCGCCCAGCUGGCCGUUCAGCGCGCCUCCAUUCUCACCAAGCGUGUCUUCCACGAAAAGGCAAAAGGCACCGUCGACAAGAAUGACAAGUCCCCCGUCACCAUCGGCGACUUCGGCGCCCAGGCCCUCAUCAUCGCUGCCCUCCGCCACCACUUCCCCGAUGACGAGAUCGUCGCAGAGGAGGAGGCCGCCCAGCUGCGCUCCGAGCCCGCCCUGCGCGACCAGAUCUGGGACCUCGUCCGCACCACCAAGCUCGACGACCCGGCCGCUGAGUCCUUCCUCGGUGGCGCCAUCCGGUCAUCCGAGAGCAUGAUGGACCUUAUCGACCACGGCAACAGCAAGGGCGGCGCCGCCGGCCGCAUCUGGGCCAUUGAUCCCAUCGACGGCACAAAGGGCUUCCUCCGCGGCGGCCAGUACGCCGUCUGCCUCGGCCUCAUGGUCGACGGCGACGUCAAGGUUGGCGUCCUCGGCUGCCCCAACCUCCCUGUCGACGACCAGGCGCCCUUGACCGCCGACAUCGGCUCCAACGCCAACGACGACACGGGCUACGGCGUCAUCUUCUCCGCCGUUCUCGGCCAGGGCGCAACCUCGCGCCCCUUGCGGACGGGCGCCAUCGCCGAGGGCACCUCUAUCUCCAUGCGGCCCAUCACCGAGAUGUCGGCCGCCACUUUCUGCGAGAGCGUCGAGGCCGGCCAUAGCGCCCACGACGACCAGGCUAAGAUCGCCGCCAAACUCGGCAUCACCAAACCCAGUGUGCGUAUGGACAGCCAGAGCAAGUACGGAUCCAUUGCCCGCGGCGCCGGUGAUGUCUACUUGCGCCUGCCUGUCAAGGCGACGUACCAGGAGAAGAUCUGGGACCACGCAGCGGGAGACCUCAUCGUCCGCGAGGCCGGUGGUCAGGUUACGGAUAUUCAGGGCAAGAGGUUGGACUUCUCCGUCGGCCGAACUCUGGCAAACAACAAGGGCGUUAUUGCCGCGCCGGCCGCAGUACACGGUGACGUUUUGAGAGUGGUCCAGGAGGUUUUGAGCUCAAAAUCGAGCUAG